AUGAUGGAUUGCAGUGCAAAUGUGAUAUUGUGGACUGCUCUUCUUCUUUCUUCACACUCAAACGUCUCCAGUGAAACUGAAACGGUCUACCCACCCGACUGCAGGCCCAUAUAUUCUGGUGCGGUGUUGUGUGUUGGUGACUCUGUCACUGACAUACCUUCAGGAAUGCCCCUCCACACCUACCUCCUGCGUUUAAAUGGCACCAAAAUGCACGUGAUCAAAGAACGAAGCCUCGCCAACCUGGAUCUGCUGCUGCGUUUCAGUCUGACACACAGCCACCUGCACACCAUCCACCCCGCAGCCUUCAGAGUGGCCCAACACUUCAAGUCUGUGAAACUCUCCAACAAUGACCUGUCCACGAUCCCUGCACAAUGGCAGCUUGUCUUUCCAUUGGAGCGGGACACAAAAGAGGUCAUAAAUACAGCUACUGAAAGGGCUCAAAAAGCAAGGAGCAGAAUGGGCCUGGUUUUACACGUGAUCCUGCUUGGCUGCUGGAUCAGGGCUGUCGGAGCGUGUCCAGAGGGCUGCAAUUUGCAGUUGUGGGGCGCCACGCCCCAUACAAAAACGCCUCUCGCCAUCAGCCCACUGUCCCAAUUUGAUAUGAAAGAUAACCACUGCAGCAGUAACUCUAACAACUGCACAACGUUUGUAGUCCAAGCAGAUCAGGUAUACCAAUGGGAGGCUAUUCUAUUGUGGUACUUUUUGUUCUGUUUGAGUCAUCAUUUCUACAAAACCCACCCAAAUAGCUGGCUGUCUCUCAUCCCCCGCACCUUCAUUCAGCUCUUGGUGUCUUCUCGUCUACGCUCCAGAUAA